AUGGUGAACGCCCCCGCGCCGUCCAACGAUCCCGCCGCGUCGGUAAGCGCCCCACCUCUGCGUCCCUGGCCUCGAUUUGAUCUCCUCGCUCCCCGUCUGCGUGUCGUGUCACCAGCUUUGCUUGAUUCGCCGGAGCAGGGAGCCGCGCCGCCGUCGAGGCGCCCUCUGGAGGAGAUCGUCGUGAUGUCGAGGUUUCUGCAGUUGGGGAAGAGCGGCAGAAAAAUUGCUGAGGCUGUAUUGGUCAACUCGAAGCCCGGCAGUUCAGGUGCGCAGAACAUUGGGUCGAGCUUUGCGGCCGGUUUGGCCCAUAAGAGCAGGGCAUUCUUGCACCAGGGAGUCCACAAUGCACCGGGCACCUCGCACAUGCUCGGACGAGCAAAGGAGAGCGUAUACUGGAGCCCUGGUGCAAGAAACUUUUCUGUUCUCUCGUCAUGUAGCCGGAAUGCAUCUCACAGCCAGCUUGCUUGGAAGCAACUCAUGGAAAAGGGUUCUCGUGUGCCAAAAGCAUCUCCGCUCUUAAGCAGAGCUGCUUGUGCCGUUACCCUGACUGCCACUAGAUAUAAGUUAGUUCCUUACCUCGUCGCUUUUGUAGCUGGAGAGUUGAUGCUAGGUGAGAAGACUUAUGCAGAUGGCGACUACCUCCCAAUACGAGAGAAUAUUUACUCGCGAGCUCAGGACAGCCGUAUUUAUGUCACCACAUUGAUAUUCUCAGCAGUAGAGAUGGUUAUCAUAAUCCUCAGAUCAAUAUAUCUGGCUUUCUUGUUUACUCCCAGUAUACUGAUGGCACCAUUUGCAGAUACUCUUGGCAGUAAAUAUAGGAAAACAUGGCUCCGUCUUGUGCAUCGUACUUUAGAGCAGGCAGGUCCUGCAUUUAUUAAAUGGGGCCAGUGGGCGGCGACACGUCCUGAUCUAUUUGCAAACGACCUGUGUACCGAGUUGUCAAAGCUACACACAAAAGCACCAGCUCACAGCUAUGCAUAUACCAAGAAAACCGUCGAGAAGGCUUUUGGUCGAAAGUUAUCUGAAAUUUUUGAGAAUUUUGAAGAAGAGCCUGUAGCGUCUGGAAGUGUUGCUCAAGUGCACCGGGCUGCUUUGAAAUUCCGACAUCCUGGCCAAAAGACGCCAAAGAUUAUAACAGUUGCAGUUAAAGUAAGACAUCCUGGUGUAGGAGACUCAAUACGGAGAGAUUUCAGUAUAAUUAAUGCGGUAGCUAAAGCUUCAAGAUAUAUUCCAGCGUUAAAUUGGCUACGGCUAGAUGAGAGUGUGCAACAGUUUGCCGUCUUCAUGAUGUCUCAAGUUGACCUUGCAAGGGAAGCUGCUCAUUUGAGCCGGUUUAUCUACAACUUCCGCAGGUGGAAAGAUGUGUCAUUUCCGAAACCUCUUUAUCCAUUUGUUCAUCCUGCUGUCUUGGUCGAGACUUACGAGCUUGGGGAGAGUGUCUCACACUAUGUGGAUGACCAUGAUGGAGAGGAACGAGUUAAAAGUGCUCUUGCACAUAUUGGCACUCAUGCACUCUUGAAAAUGCUACUGGUUGAUAAUUUUGUCCAUGCAGACAUGCACCCUGGAAAUAUCCUGGUCCGCAUUGCACAACCAAGAAAUCCGAAUAACACCCUUUUGAAGUCAAGGCCGCAUGUGGUAUUCCUCGAUGUAGGAAUGACUGCUGAACUUUCAAGUAAUGACCGUUUGAAUUUGCUGGAGUUUUUCAAGGCUGUUGCACGUCGAGAUGGUCGUACAGCAGCAGAGAGUACGCUAAAGUUGUCAAAACAGCAGAACUGCCCAAAUCCAAAAGUUUUUAUAGAGGAAGUUGAGCGAGCAUUUUCCUUCUGGGGUACCCCUGAAGGUGAUGUUAUACACCCUGCUGAUUGUAUGCACCAGUUGCUCGAGCAAGUCCGACGUCAUAAAGUAAACAUUGAUGGCAAUGUUUGCACUGUUAUGGUGACUACAUUAGUUCUUGAGGGCUGGCAGCGCAAGUUGGAUCCAGACUACAAUGUGAUGAAAACACUACAAACGUUACUUUUCAAGGAAGACUGGGCCAAGUCUCUUCAGUACACAAUCGAAGGGCUUAUGGCACCUUAG